UCCUCCCGCGGACCCCGCCCCUCCCCGACCAUGCCGCGCGCGCCCAGGUGCAGAGCGGUGCGCGCCCUGCUGCGUGGCCGCUACCGCGAGGUGCUGCCCUUGGCUACCUUCAUGCGGCGCCUGGGGCCGCAAGGCCAGCGGCUCGUGCGGCGCGGGGACCCGGCGGCCUUCCGCGCGCUGGUGGCCCAGUGCCUGGUGUGCGUGCCCUGGGACGCGCGGCCGGCCCCCGUCGGCCCGUCCUUCCGCCAGGUGUCCUGCCUCAAGGAGCUGGUGGCCAGGGUGGUGCAGAGGCUCUGCGAACGCGGCGCCAGGAACGUGCUGGCGUUCGGCUUCGCCCUGCUGGACGGGGCCCGCGGCGGGCCGCCAGUGGCCUUCACGACCAGCGUGCGCAGCUACCUGCCCAACACGGUAACCGAGACCCUGCGCGGCAGCGGCGCCUGGGGGCUGCUGCUGCGCCGUGUGGGCGACGAUGUGCUCGCCCACCUGCUGACGCGCUGCGCGCUCUACCUUCUGGUGGCCCCGAGUUGCGCCUAUCAGGUGUGCGGGCCGCCGCUCUACGACCUCUGUGCACCUGCCGCCACUCGGCCCCUCGCCACCUCCGGCCACCGGCCUGGGACCCGGAUGGACCUCAGACCCACGCGCCAGGCCCGAAACGCGGGCGCGAGGCGGCGGCGGGGUGGCGGCGGGAGCAGCCCGCCUCUAGCCAAGAGGCCCAGGCACGACGUGACCCCAGAGCCCGCGCGGGGGCCAGACAGGCCGUGUUCCCGGGCCCCCCCGGGCAGGGCCCACGGGCUGAGUGGCGGCGAACCUGGCGCAGUGACAUCUGCCAGGGCCGCCGCGGAGGCCAACUCCGGGGAGGGAGGGCCCCCUGGGACUCGGCUCACCUCCGCAGCAGGCGCACAGCUGUCUCGGCCCCAGGGCGUGCCCUUAUCACACCUAUCACACCCUGAGACCAAGCACUUCCUCUACUGCCCGGGAGGCAAGGAGCGGCUGCGCCCCUCCUUCCUGCUCAGUGCCCUGCAGCCUAGCCUGACAGGGGCCCGGACACUCCUGGAGGCCAUCUUUCUGGGCUCUAAGUCUCCGCGGCCAGGGGCUGCCCGCAGGACUCGCCGCCUGCCCGCUCGCUACUGGCGGAUGCGGCCCCUGUUCCGAGAGCUGCUUGCCAACCACGCCCGGUGCCCCUACGACGCGCUCCUCAGGACGCACUGCCCGCUUCGAGCCCCGGCCCCUGCGGAGGGGCCUAGCGACCGGGCCGGCGGGGGGGCGGGCGGCUGCGCCCUGGGGCGGCCCCCGGGAGCCCCCGGAGGCCUGCUCCAGCUUCUCCGGCAGCACAGCAGCCCCUGGCAGGUGUACGCUUUCCUGCGGGCCUGCCUGUGCAGGCUCGUGCCCGCUGGACUCUGGGGCUCCGGGCACAACCGGCGCCGCUUCUUGAGGAACGUGAAGAAGUUCGUCUCCCUGGGGAAGCACGCUAAGCUUUCGCUGCAGGAGCUGACCUGGAAGAUGCGGGUGCAGGACUGUGCCUGGCUGCGCGGGAGCCCAGGGGCCCGCUGUGUCCCAGCCGCCGAACACCGCCGCAGAGAGGAGGUCCUGGCCAAGCUCCUGUGCUGGUUGAUGGGCACGUACGUGGUUGAGCUGCUCAAGUCCUUUUUUUACGUCACGGAAACUACAUUUCAGAAGAACCGGCUCUUCUUCUACCGGAAGAGUAUCUGGAGCCAGUUGCAGAGCAUAGGAAUCAGACAACACUUCAAUAGUGUGCAUCUUCGAGAACUGUCAGAAGCAGAGGUCAGGAGACACCAGGAAGCCAGACCCACUCUGCUGACAUCCAAACUCCGCUUCCUCCCCAAGCCCAGUGGGCUUCGGCCAAUCGUGAACAUGGACUACGUUGUGGGAGCCAGAACGUUCCGCAGAGACAAGAAGGUCCGGCACCUCACCUCACAAGUGAAGAACCUGUUCAGUGUGCUGAACUACGAGCGGGCCCGGCGGCCCAGCCUCCUAGGGGCCUCUGUGCUGGGCAUGGACGACAUCCACAGGGUCUGGCGUAGCUUUGUGCUGCGCGUGCGGGCUCAGGACCCAGCGCCCCAGCUGUACUUUGUCAAGGUGGACGUGACGGGGGCCUACGAUGCCCUCCCUCAGGACAAGCUGGUGGAGGUGAUUGCCAACGUGAUCAGGCCUCAAGAAAACACGUACUGCGUGCGCCAGUAUGCAGUGGUCCAGAGAACCGCCCAGGGGCACGUCCGCAAGUCCUUCAAAAGACACCAGGUGUCCACCUUCGUGGACCUCCAGCCGUACAUGAGACAGUUCGUGGAGCAUCUACAGGAGACAAGCUCCCUGAGAGAUGCCGUGGUCAUCGAGCAGAGCUCCUCUCUGAACGAGACUGGCCACAGCCUUUUCCACCUCUUCCUGCGCCUGGUGCACAACCACGUCAUCAGGAUUGGGGGCAAGUCCUACGUGCAGUGUCAGGGGAUCCCCCAGGGCUCCAUCCUGUCCACUCUGCUCUGCAGCCUGUGCUACGGGGACAUGGAGAGCAGGCUGUUUUCCGGGAUCCAGCAGGACGGGGUGCUUCUGCGUCUGGUGGACGACUUCCUGCUGGUCACGCCUCACCUGGCGCAAGCCCAAGCCUUUCUCAGGACCCUGGUCAGCGGUGUUCCUGAGUAUGGCUGCACAGCCAACUUGCAGAAGACGGCAGUGAACUUCCCCGUGGACACCGGCGCCCCGGGCAGUGCGGCCCCCCUCCAGCUGCCCGCCCACUGCCUGUUCCCCUGGUGCGGUUUGCUGCUGGACACGCGGACCCUGGAGGUGUUCUGCGACUACUCCAGUUACGCCCAGACCUCCAUUCGCUCGAGCCUGACCUUCAGCCAGGGCACCAGGCCCGGGAGGAACAUGCGUCGCAAGCUGCUUGCGGUCAUGCGGCUGAAGUGCUGCGCUGUGUUUCUGGAUCUGCAGGUAAACAGCAUCCACACGGUUUAUACAAACAUUUACAAGAUUUUCUUGCUGCAGGCCUACAGGUUCCACGCGUGCGUGCUCCAGUUUCCGUUCAACCAGCCGGUGAGGAAGAACCCAUCCUUUUUCCUCCGUGUCAUCGCGGACACCGCGUCGCGCUGCUACUCCCUCCUGAAAGCCAAGAACACAGGUGUGCGCAGUGAGCCGGCGCGGCUGGCGGGUUCGGGGGGGGGGGGGGGGGUCACUCGGCGUGCCGGCAAAGCCCAGGCUGCUCGCCCGCCUGCUUCCGAUCCUGGGCGCCGUGUGUGCUCCAGGAGCCCCUGUGCCGCACCUGCCACCAGCGGAGUCGUUGGGGGGGGGGGGGGGGGACUUAGGGAGGCCGGCUCGUGCCGCCUGCAGAUGCGGUGGCCCUUGCCGAUGGCGCACUGGCCUCUCACCCGCCCUCUGCCCGAGGGCAGCAGUCCUGUGUGCUGGGAGUGUGACGGUCAUUCCUGGCCUCCUCCUGGUGGGCACCUCCGUCAGGCCCGGGCGUGUUCACGCCUCUCCCCGGCCACUUGCGCAAAGGCGGGCCAGGGGUCGGCAGGGGGCCGGCCCCUGCACCGGCUGCCCAUCCCAGGGGAACGUGAGGGGCGCCCACGUGGGCCGCUGGCCCGCCUCUGCCUGGGGCUCCCCGUCUGCAGCUCGGCCUUCCUCCGGGCACCCCCAAGGAUGGUCUCCGCUCCCCGUGGCCUCUCCAGAAGGUUCUGGUCCGUCUGCAGCCCAGGCCGAGCCGUGUCCCCAGGGUCCUUGCUGUUUUCCGUUUUGUGCAAGUUUCUUCGGGAAAGUGGAAGGAAGCGUUUCAGCCAUUAGGGUCCCUGGUGCUUGUGUUGGGGCCGUCCUUGAAACAAAAUCACCUGUUUGACCCCUGGCCUCUGCCCCUGCUCCUGGGCUCGGGGUGGGGGGCAGGGACCCCAGCUGGCAUCGGGAGCAUCAGAGGGGAAGAGGGCGGGCGGGGCCUCAGUGGUCCCUGUGUCUCCCCCCCCCCCCCCCCCACAGGGCUGUCCCUAGGGGCCAAGGGCGCCUCCGGCCCAUUUCCUUCCGAGGCCGCCCGGUGGCUCUGCCUGCACGCCUUCCUGCUCAAGCUGGCUCGUCACAGCAGCACCUACAGAUGUCUUCUGGGACCGCUCCGGGCGGGUGA